AAUCCUCACGCACACACACCAACAUUGUAAGGGAGUUAUUAAGACACAGAAAACAAGAACAAACAAACAACAAGAACGAAUUUGUAAAUUGGUAAACAAACAUGAAGAUAUUGGUAGAAUGACAGCUUGGUUGACACAAGUUGACCAUGAGUAUACCAGGAGAAGGCGAGCGAGAGUUAGUACAUCAGUAGGCAAAAACCUAGCGUCGAUAGAGAAUCGGAUUUUUAGUUCGGAUAAAAAAGUGUCUAGAUGUUUAAAACAAUAUGCGAUUUUGACGUAACAAAACAAUCUAAGGAAACCGCGUCCUUAUGUGCUGUUAAAGCUCGGACUCGAAUAUUCGUUUUACCAUGGCGACAUUUGUUUUAUGACCCAAGACAACAUAUUUGAUGCAUUUUUGACGUGUGUGUGUUUGUGUAUGAGUGUGGUGGUUUAAUUUUUUUUUGUGAGUGAGGACACAAGAGCGAAAUCUUUGAGAGACUCACACAGAAACACAGAAGUGUGUCCUGUCAGUCUACUAGUGGACGGAGCAGAAAGGGAAGACAACACUUUCAAUCAAUAGUAUAAACUCCGCUCUCCGAUUCAAAUUUUGCACUUAUUAAAGUUUAUAGUUGCGUUUGUUGAAAAAAACAUUUACAAAACUUGGGUAGAAUUUGAUGUGUUGUUGAGAGAGAGAGAGAGAGAGAGAGAGAGAGAGAGAGAGAGAUAGGCGAAGGGAAAGAGAGAGAGAGGGAGAAGGAGAGGAAGAGUGUGAGAGAGAGACUGUGACUAGUUGUCGGGGAAACGUGUGUGCGUACCUAUGCGUAUGUGUUUGUGGGUGUGUGUGUGUGUAGGUGUAGGUGAAAGCAUUUAAUAAUAAAUUUGAUCCCUGUUCCGCGUAGUAGUGUUGUGUUUCAAAAGAAAUAGAAGCAAAAGAAAAUAUGAAACUCCCCCCUAAAAUCUUCUCCCUUCAAUCAGCCACCCCUCCCCCCCUCCCUCCCUCCCCCGCCUCCACUUUUCCUCUUAUAUUCCCCCUUACAAAACGAACGACGCUCAUGUUGAAGUUUGGUGUGAGGCUUUAAACACACUAAACAAACUAUAGUAAGUAGUGACGGUCGAGAGUAACAACUUCUCUAUAAAGAACUUUUAAAUGAACACACACUCACCCCAACACGCACACACUAAGGAGCUAAGGAGGAUAGCAGCAGAGGAGAAAAGCGGGAAUGGCUCUAAAACUCGAAAAUACACACACACUCUCAAACAAAGGAUUUAAGAAUGGUAUAUGGAGCGCGUUUCACCCACAUACACACACACAAAUAUAAGAGGAUGUAUUACACAACAAUCGAACAAGAAAGUUGUGAUAAAAGAAGCAAAAUAAAAUGGAAGCAAAAACAACAACAAUCCCCAACCCACACACACACACACACGGUGGUUAUGAAGCUAGUGAAAGAUGGGCAAAUAGAAGUAGUUUAACGAAAAAUAUUUAACAAAACAAAAACCCCCCGAUCAGAAGCACGCAAACAAAUCGCUAGUCGAACGUGUAUAACAAGCAAAGAUGCCACGAAAAACAAACGAAAAAAAUGCUAUUAAAACUGAUGAAUCUAUAGAAACAAGAAAAGUAAUAAAAUGAACACAAUGAAACCACAAACAGAAGCAGCACCGGAAGCGAGAAAAAGAAACGGAAACGGAAAAGAAAAGCCAGAAGAAACAAAACACAAACAAGCUUACGAGAAAAGAGAAAGAGAGAAAAAAACAUGAACGAAACAAGUAAAGAGAAACAACGGUUUGCCACUCUCACAAGGACUUUUUUGUUUGUUUGUUGUUUCGAAUGACAAUCAACGCGACGCUUUGUUUGUUACUUAAAAUUUCGUUUUGUUUUACUUUACUUCCUUGUUUCGUUUCUGUUUCUUUUCCUUUUUUCCUACCCUUAUUUUUACUCUUGUUUUGUGUUUCCUGUUUUUCUUUUCCGGUUUUUUUCUCCCUAUUUCAAGUUUUACUUGUGUUUUUCUUCUCUUUUUUUACCUUGUUUUACUUAUGGUGUGCGCCGGAGUUUUCGCUUCAUUUUAUCCUUUUUCGUGUGUUUUUUUUUUUCACUACACUCAUUUUCAUUUUCAGCGGGACAUUUGUUUGUUUUCUUUUUUUUUUUUGGUAGAGGUUUGUUUUCUUCUAAGAGAAGAAAAGAAUGUUUAAAAUCACUCGCAUAAACCCGGUUGCUCAGAACCCGGAGUUUGGUGGUGAAUAGCUAAUGUUAGAUCAUAUUGCUUGUUCGUGUUUUGUUUGUUUGUGUUAGUUAGGUUUUCGUUUACUAAGAAUAAUAUUAAUGGCAUAACAGCAGCAGGAUGUGUUCGUCGAUGUGCUCGGGACGUUGCGUGCUGUUGGGGGGGAAGGGGUUCGAUUUUGAAUUGUACGUGACUGUGUGACUGUGUGCGCGUGUAAGUAUGUGCUCCUAUGGAUGUGGUGCAGGCGGGUGGGUGGGUAUUCUGUGAAGGAGGGGGGGGGGGGGGCUAUGGGAUUAUUGAGCUUUAACUUCGAUCGAUUUUUACUUCCAAUUCAUUAGCAUAUUCAGGUUCAUUGCGCUGUGUGUCGAUAUAUACUAAACGUUAACUUAAAAAAUGGUGCAACAAACAAGCUGAACAAAUCGAAAAGAAGAAAUGGAAGAAAAAGCGUCAAACCAAACACGAAGAGCAAAACAAAAAAAAAAAAACAAUAUAAAAGACAACUAAACACAUACACCAUCAGAAAAAAGGAACAAAACAAAAACCAAUACGCAGCAAUACGCGAUUAAGUGUAGCAAAACUAACAAAACACCACCCUUUCUAUUAUCAGUCUUUGUCAUAUUCUAAAACUGCAAACUCGAAAGAAAUAAAAAAAAGUGGAAACGAUACAACCCUAGGCAAGCGAAACGAAGAAGAAGAAGAAGAAAAAACACAUAAAACGAUCUAAAAAAAAAACAAUAAGAUUAAAAGUAACAAAAAACUAAGCAAAACAACAACACACACACAAACAAGCACAGCGAACGGAAGAAAUAGUGAGCCUCAUCCUCUCCGUUUUAAACGCGCGCCCCUCCCCCUCAUGCAACACGUGCUAAGCUAAUUCAAUGGACACACGCAAAAGAAACCCCCUCUGCUAGGCUAACAUUGGCAUACGCAAAUAUAUAUAUAAAUACAUAUAUUUAUGUAUAGAUUCUACACUCGUACACACAAACACACACGCGUACACAACAAAUAAUCUAACAACAAAACAGAAAACGAAGAAAAACCCACACGCAUAACUUAGCAUGAGAAUCUCUCUUAGGCGGGAUCACCGAAUAAUAUAAAAGCAGAAGACAACAAACAAAACAAGGAAAAAAUCAACACAAAAAAAGGGCAAGAAAGAGAACAAAAAAGAGGAAAAAACAAAAGCAACACACAAAAAAAAAUGGAAGCAGAACACGGAAGGAGCAAAAACACAAUGAAAUGUAAAUCUUGCAAGAUAAAUUUGUAGUUUAAAGCAAUGGCAACGCCAAAAAAAAGCAAGCCAAAACAUUUGGGAUUGGGCGAAAGGGGAGCGUUUUUCUUGCUCUUUUUUCCGUCAUUCUCUCUCUCUCUCUCUCAUUCUCUCGGUUUUCUCUUCUCAUUGUUAAAAUUUACUUAAAUUGCUACACAUACACACACAUUCCCACAUUCAUCUACUAACCCAGAUUGGUAUGUGUAUGUGUGUGUUUGUGUGUGUGUGUGUGAUUUACAAAUUGGUAUUUAAUGAAGGGCGUAGGAGAAAUGCUGGCUGGUGGUUUGCUGAGGUGGAAAAGGAUAAAAACAGCAUUUUGAAGUGUUGCAUCGGCACACUACUGCACACACUUUUAACUUUAACGGGGGAGGGGGGGGGGAGGCUGGGAGGGGAAACAAAUGUAAUCGGUGCAUUUUGUGAGACACAAUACAAGGGUGUUGAUGAGCGGUGGGGUGAACGCACGCAAAAAAAUGGAAAACCAGGAAAAAAUGUCGAAAAAAAAAAUUAAAAAUUAAGACAAAAGAAGAAAAACUAUAACUAAAUGUGACAAAACAAGAGAAAAAAUUUGAGAGUGAGAAAGAGAGAGCGAUAAAGAAAGAGAGAGAGAGAAGUGACAGAAAGAGAAGUAAAAGAAAGGAGAAAGUUUAAGUAUAAAAAACGAAGAUGGAAUGAAAAAGAGAAACACACAAACACACACAAUCGAACAACAAACUAAACUCGAAAACACACUUAACAAACUCGAAUUGGUAACAAACGGUAUAAAAUUGGCACACACACACAUGUAUGUAUGGUAUUUACAGUGUCGGUCAGUCAGCUUGUACUGCUACACUUUAAUCGAUGUGUGUCGUACACCUUUGAUUGGUUGGCGAUUUUUCGCCACUCGGAUUUUGCAAUCUCUUUUUUCAGGAGGAAAAAAAAAGACAGGAGUUGGGUAACAGAGAGAAAACAAAAAGUAAAAACAAAAAUUGAGCAAAAAAAAAACACGAGAAGAAAAGAAAGGGAUGCAAGUAAAACUGAAGAAGAAAACUAAAACAAAGCAAAGCAUAUUUAGAAGAAACAAAAAAAAAAAGAACAAUUAGAUAGAAACAUAGAAUUAUUUGUAUCUCAUUCCCCUUACUUCCCGGUUUUCGCCCCACUUCUCGCCCUCCAUUGUGCAAAUUGUGCAAAAGGAAAAAAAAAAAACAUUGCACUUUCUCUUCUCUCUCUCUCUCUCUCUCUCUCUCUCUCUCUCUUUCACUCUCAUGAAGUAUAGCGCGCGUAUGCUAUCACUUUGGCUCAUUACAAAAACACACAAACACACACAUUACACAUAUAUUAGAAAGAGAGAGAGAGAGACAGUAAGAGAGAUUGGAGAAAACAGAUUUAAAGAAAUGAUAAGUAAAGUAACAAAAACACAAACAUAAAUAAAAAAACACAAAACAAACGAAACACAGAAGAAAAGAAACCAACAACAAACCUAUAUUCACGAAAAAAAGAUCGUUUUUUCAUUCGUCGUUUUCUUUCUUGCGAUGUAUGCGAACUAAGUAAGAAAACACACACACAAGAAAAUCACCCAUAAAAGGAACAAAUAGAAACAAGAAGCAUUUGGUGAAAGAACAACAAAAGAAAACAAAAAAAACGGCGAAAACACAAAGAGAAAUAAAACAACACACAAACAGAUAAACACAUAUAUAGAAAGAAAAAAAAACGAAACACACAUGAAAAAAUGCAGAGAAGACAAAACAGUCUUGGCUGCAAGAAGCAGCACGUACUCGUAAAUAUAAUACGAAAAUCAGAAAUAAUCGAAAACGAAGCGUUUAACAGGGGGAAACGGGGGAGAGGAGAUGAGGCGAGAGGAGAGUAAAUACACGAAGAAGAAAAGGAAAAAACAAAACUACACAACACACACAUACACGCGUAAGUAAAAAGUGCAAGGAGAUAAGAUUACCAAAAAAUAAUUUUAAGUAUUUAAGGGCUAAUGGCAACAACAAAGGGGAAGAAAGAGAAAAAAAAACAAACAAAUAGAAAAGCAAAAUCCACAAAGAAAAAGCAAACAAACAAACAUACACAACACACAUAAGCUAAAAUGUAUAAGCAAAGGGAAACGGAAAGAUUUGCAACAACAACAGAAGAAACCCAUAAUUAACGCAUAACAAAAUGCAUAAUAGCGCAAAACAACAGAUAAACUCACACUCUGACACACCCAUGCAAAUAUGAUAAUAGAGAUAAAAGAAACAUAGUUCGUGAGAAAAGGAGAGGGAGAACAGAAAUGACAUUUACGUGGAACGGAGUAUGAAGCACCCAGCGGUUUGUAUGGGUGUACUGCAGCCACAGGCGUCCUGGCUAUAGACACAUAUACAACGUUAAGAGAAAAACAGAGAGAGAGAGAAAGAGAGAGAGUGAGUGAGAGAGCGAGAGUAUGGAUGAGACGAAAAGGGAGAGUGCGGCGGGGGCGAUGAAGAGACAGGAAAUUAAGAGAAGAAAAAAACCGCGGAAGGAGGAGCUUCGAAUAAUUGGCGUAUGUAUUGUGCUCUAGUUACGAUUAAACCAAGAAGAAGAAGAAGAAGAUAAAGAAAACAACAACCAAGGGAAAGUAAAAAAAAAGAAAUCAAGAAAACGAGAGUAACACGAGAGAGAAGAACAUACAAAAAGAAAGAUAAAAAACUGCAAAAAAAGCAACAAACAAACAAACAAACAAAAAAAACAAAAGUACGCCUAUCGUAGAUUUGUGCUAACUACAAGUAUAUAAAUCACUAAAAAAGAAAAGAAAACAAAAGAAGAAAAAAAACAACAACAAAAAAAACAAACAACAUUAGGCAGCGAAACUAAUAUUUCCAAGAGGUAAAUCUUAAAACAAAUUAAUUUAACUAAGGCAACACGUCAUACCAGAUUAUGCCACUAAUCGUUUGUUAUUAUGUUUGUUACUGGGGUAAAAUAUAAUCAAUCACAUCCUUCGACUA